AGUUUAAAUCCAGUUGGCCUCAAGUUAACUAACUUCAGUUGGUCUCAUCUUAAUCAACUACAAUCAACAACAAUAACAAUCAAGAUUUAAUAGUAAUCAAGACUCAGCAAUCAAAUUAUCAUCUCUCUCUCUCUUCAUCGUAUCAACAUCAUCACCCAAAAACCAGAGACAGUGAUUUAGUUUGUUGUUGUUUUUUUCGCGAAAGUGAUUCAAAUUGUUUCAAUUUUAUUCAUCUGCUAAUAUAAAUCAUCAACAAUUAACUUUAAUUGUCAACAAUCAUGGUUGAAUUAGGAAGUAUGUCGGAUACCUCAUCAACCGGAAAUUCACCAACAUCAACAAUUGAUUCGGGAUCAACAACUCCAUCCAAUGGAUCCAAUUAUUCACCCUCAGGGUCACCUUUGUGCCGUCGUCGUCCUCUCCGUCGGGAAGAUACUCAGAACCGACUUUUUGGUCCACCCGAAGAUAGUCCAAGACGAGUUCGAAACACCCUUAAAUCGACCGUUUUCACCCAAAACGCUGUCGUUGAUUCGAGUCCAUUGAAAUCGGCUAAGAAAAAGAUCACAAUUAUCCGUCGUAAUCCAAUUACCGGUGAGGUUUUUGAUGACAUUUACAGCGAGCGGGUGGGAAAGGUAACCGGAUACGAUAUUAUCCGCGGCGAAAACCGAUCACUUUCCUUACCCAAUACACCGGUUCGAACCCGCCAACCACCGGGUGGUAAAUCAUCUGGAAUCUUUUCCUAAAUUAAAAUGAAAUUGCAAAAUGAAUGGGACACUAAUUGACACCAACAACAAUCAACAACAAUUAAAAGGAAAUCAAUGUUUGACCAUUUAAUAUGAAACCAAAUCAACUUGAUUCUCAACCAACAACAACAACUUAAAAACAACAAUAAUAAUUACUUUAUAUUAAUCUUAUUAAUUAUUAUUAUCAACUGCUAAUUAACUAAUUACAUUAGUAUGUGAUUGCAAUUUAUAUACAAUAAUUUAAUUACAAUCAAUGGAACAACUUGAAACUCUCACAACAAUUAAGGCUUCGAAGUCUCUUUUUUUCAUUAGAUUAAAAAACUUUAAUUUCGUUU